GAUUUUUCGACUUUUGAGUUCCCGUUUUGGCAGUUUUUCAUCGCUUGUCGCCAACGGAGAGGCUGGAUUCGGAUUAUCCAAUUGGGUUUAUGAUUUUUGUUGUCGAGUGGGCUGGGUAUAAUGGUCGAUAAGGAGACGCUCUUCGGUAUCAGCGAGUACUUCGCCAGCGGAAUCGGAUUUGAUGGCACUCUGAAGAGCCGGAUCUCAGAUUUUCUGGUCAACGAAAUCGACACAGAUGGCAACGUUGUGCACCUCACUCGACUCGGUGUCGACACGCCAGCCGCCUCAGAAGUCGCUCCCGCCUGCGGACGGUUAGAUCCUCAACUCGUGGCCAAAAUCGAGGCAUUUCUGCACAGUAACGAUGCCAAUCUUCUUAUCGAAGCGUCAGAGGAUAAGAACGCCCGCCGCCUCUUGCACCAGCAGAUCGACGCGGCUUUCCCCACUCACAAACUUCUGCGCACGCCUCUUCGGGACGCUAGCACCGGCGUCCACCAGAUCGAAAUCAGCCGCGCCUCCAGCCGGACGCCGGCCUUCCGUCGGCAGGAGGCGACGCGCAUGAACCGCUCAGCGGACGGAGCCAGCCACUUUCUGCAUUUUAUCCUGUACAAGGAAAACACCGACACCAUGGAGGCCGUCCACCGGAUCGGACAAUACCUGCGCCUGCCGCCCAAGUGUCUGCAGUACGCCGGGGUUAAGGAUAAACGCGCCAAGACCGUCCAGAAGGUGUCCGUCCGUUUCCGGGAUCCUCAGCGCCUGGCCGGUUUCAACCAAACCGGAGUGCUCAUCGGAAACAUCGCUUACGCACAGAAGCAACUGCAACUGGGGGAUCUGACCGGCAACCGUUUCCGGUUGGUGAUUCGGGAGGUGUCCCUCACGGACAGGACGCGCGUCGAGGAAGCGGCGCGGAGCUUCGCGGAACAGGGUUUUGUCAAUUAUUUCGGCCUGCAGCGUUUCGGGACAACAGAGGUAGCCACCUUCGAGGUGGGGCAGGCGCUGUUGCGGGCAGAAUGGGCGGAAGCUGUGCAGUUGAUUCUGAAGCCGCGGGAAAACGAUAACGUGGUCACCGCCAAGUGCCGGGCGGUGUGGGUGGAGACGGGUGAUGCCGAGGCGGCACUGCGCGUGUUGGGACGGAAGUCAUGCGUGGAGGGAUUUGUGCUGAAGGAACUGGCCAGAAAGAAGGACGACUGGUUGGCGGCACUGCAGGCUGUGCCGCGUAACAUGCGGAUGAUGUAUGUUCACAGCUACCAAAGUUAUCUAUGGAACCUGACGGCAUCCUACCGCAUUCGCGAGCUGGGCCGGAAACCGGUGGUGGGUGACUUGGUGUACAAAACCGCAAGCCACGGCGAUGCUAAGCGCCUGAAGCGCGGUGCGGACGCCGAAGCGGAGGUGACGAUUCUGACGGAAGCGGAACUGGAAGCGUACAGCAUUUAUGAUGUCCUGCUCCCUCUGCCGGGUUACGAUGUGCAGUUUCCUCAAACACCAGUUACCGAAUUCCUUUUGGAUAUCACCCGGAAAGACGGCAUCGAUCUGCGGAGUCGGCAUAAAAUAAAAGAUUAUUCCUUGUCGGGCAGCUAUCGCCCGUUGGUUACGAAGCCACGCGAUGUCCGAUGGGAAAUUAAAUUUUUUGACGAUCCGGACCAGAUGCUGUUGCUGUCAGAUGGGGAUGUAUUGAAUGGUGUUUCGCUGCCGCCCAGUUCGGCAGAAUCGGGAAGUUACAUGGCGCUGAUCAUGGAGUUCAAUCUGCUGGCAUCGGUCUAUGCCACGAUGGCCAUACGAGAAUUGAUGAAGCGCUCAUCGAAUGUUCUCAGCAAGUUUUCUGCUUCCGAGCCUGCCGAGGAGCCAGAAGGAAACGCGCUGCCGUCGGACUGUUUUGUGCAGGACGUGGGCGACAGUCUCGACGAAGCGGCGUCGGCGCCAUCCACCUAAUCUUGUUCUCGUUUCAGUUUGUACAGGUUCUGCAGUCCAUCUGGGAAUUUAAAUUCGACGUCGUAAUUACAGUCUGCAGACUGUGCUUUUUGUGCGUCACAAAAGAACGGAUGUGCGGCCCGUUUCUGCGAUUGUGCUUUUUUAUGAUUAAAAGAAAUUAUACCGAUGGGAUAUUUACAGUACACACAUAACCUGUUGCAUUGAUCGUACGAGUACAACUUAUACUCACAAAUCCCUUUCUGUAACUAUUCAGAAUUAAAAACGUA